CAGAGGUUUACGUAGCGGCGCAGAAAAUCUGCCUAGUGACGUCUUGUUUCUUUUGUGCCCUAGGGCCAGCUGGUCUGGCUGCGGCAGCACCCCUGAACUACUAUCGGUCAUUCGUGCACAGUCUCCGUGCCCAAGAUGGGUUUAUUAUUCAGAUAAAUUCAUUAAAGCUCACAGCUCUGUAUACACUACCCAGUGAGCACCAUUAACUAACGGUAUCCCUUACGUUACCUAUAAAAAGGACUCUUCAUUUGCAUCUAGUGAUCAUACCUCGUGUACUCACACAUUGACCCAGACAACGUUUCAUAUUUUCCCCGCCAGAAGCUAGUUCCGCCUUCCUUUACCUAGCUGCUUGCUCUAACCCACAAUUUUGCUCUGGUUCUACAUACUUACGCCUUUGUUCCUCCACUUUUCCUGCAUUAUUUGAGAUCCCUACCAUCUCUUUCACCUUCCUAGCCUCUAUUCAAUUGAAGCCCCUUUUAGAUUUUUCUCCCUUCCAUCUAUGAAUCAGCAAAACAGCCUGGUGCCAGACAGCACUGAUAUGCCGAUUGAACUCCUUCAUGGCCGCUUAGGGACAGACCAAAAUGGCCAUUUCACCGACAGAUACGGUCGCAGGGUGCUUCUCCGUGGGGUCAACCUCGACGCCUCGGCCAAGCUUCCUACUACUCCUGACCUUCCAUCUUACAGGGGUGGCGCGAGCGAUGUCUCACACCCCAACAUCCUUUACGAAGGCGAUACCGUGUCGUUUCUCAACAGACCGUUCCCACUUAACGAAGCAGCAACGCACUUCCGCCGCAUCAAAAGCCUCGGCUUCAACGUGAUUCGGUACAUUGUCACGUGGGAAGCGUUAGAGCACUCUGGCCCCGGUAUCUAUGACGAAGACUUUAUCACAUUCACAAUAGAUAUCCUCAAGAUUGCUCAGACGGUCGGAGGCUUGUACGUCUUCAUGGACAUGCACCAGGACGUUUGGUCACGGUUUAGCGGCGGGAGUGGCGCUCCGAUGUGGACGUUGUAUGCGGUGGGUCUUGAGCCGCGCCAUUUCAGUGCCACUGAGGCCUCCGUGCUCCACUGUGAGGCGAAGGAUCCCAAGAAAUACACUAAAAUGGUCUGGUCAACCAACUAUUUCAAGCUUGCGGCCGCUACGAUGUUUACAUUGUUCUUUGGUGGGAAGGUGUUUGCGCCAAAGUGUAUCAUGGAUGGGGUCAACAUCCAGGACUACCUCCAGCUGCACUUCAACAACGCUGUGGGUCAUAUGUGGCAGCGGAUCGUCACUGAAGCCCCUGGGCUCAUUCACGAGACCAUCAUCGGCUUUGAGUCGCUCAACGAGCCAAGCUGCGGGUUCAUUGGCGUGCCGACCAUUGCUGAGUUGCCGAAGCAACAGAAACUCAAGCUAGGGUUGAUGCCGACCGCAAUCCAGGCCAUGGUCUUAGGAAUGGGCAGCGCUUGCACGGUGGAUGAGUACGAAAUCUCUAUUUUUGGCCCGAAGAAGAAGGGCAGCCAGGUGGUGGAUCCUCGGGGAACCAGUGCGUGGGUUACUCCCGCGACUGGAGCGCUAAUGGACGCGAAGUAUGGGUUCCAGAGGGAUCCCGGCUGGGAUCCCGGCUGUUUGUAUGCCUUACACGGGGUGUGGGAGCCUCGUACAGGUAAAAUUCUCCGUCCUGACUACUUCUCGCGCCACCCGACCCUGGGAGCCCGCAUCGACGAGGAAUGGUUCAUCAACAACUUGUUUGUGGACAUGUACAAGGAGUUUAAGCGGGUGAUCCGGGAUAUCUCACCCGAUGUGUUUCUUUUCUGCCAGCCACCGGUGAUGCAAAUCCCCCCAAACUUGGUUGGCACCGGUGUAAUUGACUCGCGGACGGUCUAUGCGCCGCACUACUACGACGGGAUGUCACUCAUGUUCAAGACGUGGAACCGCAAGUACAAUGUCGACACACUCGGGAUUCUCCGCGGCCGCUACAUGAACCCGGCACUUGGCAUCGUCAUGGGCGAGGCAAACAUCCGCAAGUGCAUUAAACGGCAGUUUUCCGAGAUCCGCAAAGAGUGCGAGGAAUAUUUGGGCUUCCAGGUGCCCGUUAUGUUUACCGAAACGGGCAUGCCAUUUGAUAUGGAUGACAAGCAGGCAUAUGACACCAGCCGGUACGAGUCGCAGACUCGCGCCUGGGAUGCGUUGGGCUAUGCUAUAGAGGGAAACAACCUCAGUGUAACCUUCUGGAGUUAUUGCUCGGAAAAUAACCACAAAUGGGGGGACAACUGGAAUAACGAAGACUUUUCAAUCUGGUCCCAGAACGAUCAGUCGCGCAGCUGCGAGGUUGAUUUCUCCACCUAUGGGGGCUCCACUAUCUACCAAACCCCAAACACGUCGGUACGCUCAAAGCUCGACGAUCCUUUUGCCGAUAGGUACAUUCAGAAGGACGGUGGUGAGUCAGGAGAUGAUAGCACCGUGUUAUCGAAUCGGAUAUAUUCCCGGGCCAGAACCAGCGGCCGUAAGCUAAAGAAGGCGUGUGGGUACAAUGCGGAUAGCGCAGACUAUUUUCCGUCCGAGGACGGGAUCAGGGCCAUUGACGCGUUGGCCAGGCCGUACCCUGUGGCUGUGAAUGGUAAGAUCAAGGAGUGUGAGUUCGACCUCGAGAGUUUGGUUUUUGACUUGAAGAUGGACGGCACUCUGUGUUUGAAGGGCGAGCCAUCGGUAGUCUACGUUCCGAGCUGGCACUUCCGUGAGGAUGAGAUGGAGGUUCAGAUUUCCAGCGGAAAGUAUGAGUACAACGAGCGGUUGAGCACACUUGAGUGGUACCAUGAUGAUGGAGAGCAAACGUUACAGAUAUCCCGCAUCGGCGGUCCUGCGCAGGAGCUGGGUUUUGGUUGUGGCUUUUCCCAGGAUGAUUGUAUAGUUAUGUGAGC